AUGUACUCUAUCUCCAUUGCUUCGACUCUCUAAAUUAAACUAAUUACGUAUAGCGUAUUUUCAAAUUAUUUCAAUCAUCUUCAAUCAAAAAUGCAAGAAAUACAUGACGAACUCGGCCGCCCUAUUCAGCUUACCGACGAGUUCGGCCGUCCUGUUCAACUCACCGACGAGCAUGGUGUUCCCGUCAAACUCACCGGCGUCGCCACUACUCAGGGUCACACUCACACCACCAUUGGAUCAGAGCUUCAAGACAAGAUCACACCCGGCUUCGCCACCACUGAUCAGGGUUACAAUCACACCACCAUUGGAUCAGAGCUUCGUCACAAGACGAUGCAUGACCAGACAACCGACACCACCAUGGGCUCCGAGACGCAUGGCGGAACCCACUUCGCUCCGACACCGAUCGAUUACCUAAAACAUGGCGCCGGUGCAGUCGCUGGUGCCGGUGCAGCAACUGUGGGUGCGGCAGCCGGAGCUGCUAAGGGUGCUGUAACCGGCGGUGGAGCACCGGUGAGCCAUACCCAGGCUCAUGGUGCUGCAGGUGGCGAUGAGAAACAGCUGGAACAUGAAUCACCCAGCUCUAGCUCCCCUUCGUCGGAAGAUGACGGAGAAGGAGGGAGGAGGAAGAAGAAAGGUUUGAUGCAGAAAAUUAAAGAGAAACUUCCUGGACGCCACAAGAAAGAGGAGAAGCAGGCAACCGCACACAGCGCCAACACCAAAGUAAGCAGCGCCGGCGAAGGUCCGGCGAGUAUAAGGGUGGAGCAUCAUGACGAGAAGAAAGGUCCUAUCGAUAAGAUCAAAGAGAAACUUCCCGGCACUCACUGAUCUCUACUCUACUCUAGUAAUUUUUAUCAAAUUAUCAUCCGUUUUCUAUUACAUGUGUUUAUGUGGGUGUGUAUCUACAGUGUGUAGCUGGAUUUUAGAUUUUCGAUACUAUUUGUUGUAAUAAUUAAAAGAAUUCUGUACGAGGUGUAUUAGUAUUAAAUGCCUUCCUAUUUGUACAGGAACGUGUAUGUUAUGCUGUUAUUUGUUUUUU